AUGGGUUCCGUACGUAUACAGUUGACAUUUCUUGCAAUAGCGGCCGGUGAACGACAGGGGUUAAAGCUAACGAUCGCAAAUUCAGGUGUCCGUGGUACUGUACGAGACCUCGACAGUGACAAGGCAUCUUGGAUGCCUAGCCAUUUCGAAAAGCGAUAUGGUACCGGGAAAUUUGAAAUGGUAGAGGUGAGAAACAUGGAAAGCGAAGGCUGCUUUGAAACUGCCAUCAAAGACUGCAGCGGAGUGAUUCAUGUCGCUAGUGUCACUGGGUUUGAAUCUGAUCCUAACAAAAUAAUUCCGCCGAGUAUCGCCUUCAUCGAGAACAUUCUCACCGCAGCCGAAAAUGAGCCUUCGGUUUCUCGAUUCGUACUGACAUCUUCUUCUGCUGCCGCCAGUCAGGAUAGAAUCAACGAGGUCUACGAUUUGACCCCAGCCAUGUGGGCCGACUGGGCUGUUGAAGAGGCCUGGGCGCCACCACCAUUCACAGUAGAGAGAGCACGUGCAAACUACUAUGCAUCCAAAGUACUUGGCGAGCAGAGACUGUGGAAAUAUGUGAAAGAGCGCAAUCCCCAAUUCGUAGCGAACUCGGUGUUGCCGGACUUUGUCAUCGGGCUUGGAGUAGAUCCCGAAAGGCAAGGCUUUGUGUCCUCCAUGGGUCUUUUCAAGCAGAUGUUUGAUAAUUCCGGUGAAGGAUGGAAAUCUUUCGGUCCCCAGUGGUGUGUUGAUGCAGUCGAUGUUGCCCUUUUGCAUGUUGCCGGCCUUGUAUGCCCUUAUGCAAGUAAUAAACGUAUCUUUGCAUACGCGCAUCGCAAAACCUGGUCGGACUUUAUUGCACGGUUGCAGAAGAUGUAUCCCAAUCAUCGUUUUCCGAAACCAAGUCCGCGAGAGGGACAAGAUCUUUCUAAUGUCAUUGGGCGAGACUUCGCCAGAAGCCUUUUGGGAUGGAUGGGUAGUUCCGAUUGGAGACCUCUGGAUGAAUCACUCAAAGAGGUCUCUGAUGUUAUUUUAUCAAAUAAAAGUGUCGUGUGA